AUGUCGCCCAACCGGGGGCCGGUCACCAAGCUCCGACCUCUGCAUACCCGCAUUGAGGACGAUGAAACUUCUCCGACGACUCAAUUGGGCUGGAAAAGCUCAUUAGCUUCAACAACAAGCCAGACGACGGUGCGGCAAGCUUUCGUGAGGCUUGUCAACCUGAUCGCCAUCGUCGAACCCGGCGAGGCGUUCUGCAUUGAGGACACUACACGUGGCGGUUAUAUCCUGGCUCACGCAGGCGACAGCACCCAGGACGGUAGCUCUACCUUUGUACAUUGCGGGGAGAAUCAUGUUGAUGUUCCUACCGACUUCUCAAUCGGGCCAGGAAAGGCCCUUCAACUUCAUGCCGCAGACGAUCAUGUGCGGCUGAUCGCAUUGGCUAGAGUAGUAUCUCAGCCAGGGCUAGAUUCCUUGGGUCAGAUGCUGCUGGACCUCAUUUUCGACCAUGAUCACCGCCACAGCAAAGGCUUUGCUCCAUGGACACAGCCUUCCAUCCUGAAUUAUCCUCCACAAGAACGACCAAUAUCAUUAUGGCCGGCCGAGAGCCAGGCGAGACAUCAGGCACUGCUACAUCAUUGGUUCGAAAAUAGAGUCAAGGACUGUCCACAGAGAGUGGCCUUGGAUUUCUUGACCAACUCUGAAAGUGGCACGAGGACACAAUAUACCUAUCAACAACUAUCAAAUGCUGCUACCGCACUAGCCACUAAGCUCUAUCACACGAGUCCCAAGUCAAACGCAACCAUAAAGACAGUAGCAGUGAGGAUUGGCCCGUCUCCUGAGCUCUACAUCAGCUAUCUCGCUGCUCUCAAGGCCGGCUUCUCUUUCUGCCCAAUACCCGUGGAUGCCCCCCAGGAGAGAAUCGAUACGCUGCUUGCCGACCUGAAGCCUGUAGUAGUCCUGGUGGGCGAGCCUGGUGGCCUCGAGACCGAGACAGAGACGACCAGCGUCACAGAAUUCCUCGAGGCGCGCAAUGUCGAACCCAAGCCGCUUCCUCCGAUUCCUACCACAGAGAACGACGCCGCAUAUGUAUUAUAUACCUCCGGGACUACAGGAACCCCCAAAGGUGUGGUAGUGAGCCAUCUCUCAGCCGCCUGUACCCUCACUUCUCUCAGCAAUCUCUACGGAUUCUGCUCGUCAGGCACACCAAACCCUGACCGUCCUGUUAGAUGGUUUCAGGGCGCAUCUCCAACAUUCGAUAUCUCUCUCUUCGAGAUAUUCUGGACCUUGAGCACGGGAUCAACACUAUGCUGUGCACCCAGACACCUUACCAUGCAGAAUAUUGACCAAGUCAUCACCACUCUCAAGGCCGACAUCACCAACGUCACCCCCAGUUUUGCGAGCCUGAUAGACCCAUCCUCACUACGCGGUCUUAUGGUCGGCGGCGAGGCACCCAAUACCCGGCUCCUUCAAGACUUUUCGCGCUACAACCCCUCGACAAGUGAUACUCGCUCAGUGCCACAGGGCAUCUACAACGGUUACGGCCCCACUGAAGUCACCAUCUACUCCCUCGCCCAGGAGCAUGUCCCCGGGAACCAGCGCGGCUCUAUCAUCGGCUCGCCACUCGCCACCUGCGGCGUCCUCAUCGUUGGCGAGCAGAGCUCUGAGCUUCAACCCGUCCCUAUGGGCGCUGCGGGAGAGCUGGUCCUUACGGGCCCCCAGGUCAGUAAGAUCGGCUACCUCAACCGCCCUGAGGAGACGGCGAAGGCCUUCCUCGACCACGACCAGUGGGGCCGCAUAUACAGGACCGGCGACCGUGCGCGUGUUGUAUGGAAUGAAGCCGGAGAACCCGUAGUUGAGUUCUUGGGUCGCAUAUCGGAUGCGCAGGUGAAACUGAGUGGUCGGCGUGUUGAGCUCGGUGAGAUCGAGAACGUUCUGGCGAGCAAGGCCCAAGGUGUACAGCAGACACUGGCGUGUGUGUGGAAAGCUCAGAGUGGUACAUCUGGCUCGGAGAGAGUGGUGAGUUUGGUCGUUGUCAAUCCAAAGAGUGCGCUGAGCUUUGAUGUGGUCCGAGAGCAAUGCAUGGAGGCAGCGCGGCGGCACCUGCCGGACUACAUGAGGCCAGUUCGGAUCUUUCAAGUCGAUGCACUGCCGCGAUCAGCCUCUGGCAAAGUGGACCGCAAGGCGGCGUCAGAGUACGUGCGCACAUCAUGGCAAGGGUUAGAAACUCGCGUGACUCGGGAUUCCGAAGCGGAGGUCUUGGACAGUGCUGAGGAUGCACACCUUGAGGCGGAGCUUGUCAAGAUUCUCUCCACCAUCAUCAGUAGCGACUCAACUUCCAAGAUCUCACUGACAGCAACAACACUCCUCGCCGAGACUGGCGUAGAUAGUCUCCACGCGAUGAGGCUGCUACGCGAGAUCAGAAGGCGCUGGCCAGACUGCAAGCAUCUGCAGCCUUCAUUAGCCUUGCUUCUCGACCCUGGAACCAGCAUACGAUCUGUAUUCUUCCCAUCGACCUCGACUGGAACAACCUGCAGCAGCCUAACCGUCGGUAGAGUCACAGCACAAAGGAGAGUUGCCGAAUUCGCCUCCCGCCACACAGCAGAAGCUCUUGAGAAACUGGGUGGGAUUGGCAACGAUGACAUUGAGAUGGUGCUGCCUGCGACAAGUACACAAAGCCAGUUGGCAGUGAGCUUUGGUAUAGACCGACGCAAUUAUAUCAGCUACACGGUCCUGCCACUUCAGGCCGACGCUUCCCUCGACGCGCUCGAGAAAGCAGUCACCUACACCCUGGAGGGACAGGCCAUCUAUAGAUGUGCUUUUGUGCCAUGCAACGACGAUCUCUCGCCGUUUGCCCAGGUUGUGCUGAAGCCUGAUGCGUACCGGAGGUGGACACGAGACAGUCCGAGGAUUGUGCGCCACCGUGGAGACGCUCGUGCAAGCAGUGCGCAAUACUGGACUGGGCUUGCUGAGCGGUAUCUGGACUUCGAGUCACAGAAGCUGUACCAAGUUCAGAUUGUCGAGCCGGACACUGAGUCUGGAGGACUACUUGUGAUUAGUGUGGCGCAUUGCCUCUGCGAUGGUGCAUCCCUCGACGUUCUCCUGAGGGAUAUUUCUAGACAGUAUGCAGGCUUGAGUCCCCUGCCACGGCUGUCCAUCAAAGACGUGAUCCUCGACUGGGCGUCGAAUGUCCACCCCGAAACGGACAGGCAUUGGAAAGACUCACUUAUCGGCUGGGAGACCGAGAGCUUCCACGCUUUGAGUGGCAACAAUCUUAAAUCGCCCGCACCGGGCGUGCCCGCCUAUUACGGCCACGCAGUAGUUCAGAUUGCCAGUGACCUUCAUUGGCAGAAGCUGGAGGCGCAUAGCAGGAUACUUGGCGCUUCUCCCCUCGCGGCUCUGCAGGCAGCUUGGUCCCUGCUUCUCCAGAUCUUCUCUGAAGCAAAUACAGGAGACGUUGUGUUUGGAAGUGUUCUUUCUGGUCAGCACGAGGCUGCUCAUGCACCUACUUUCUCGGUGGUCCCCUGUCGAGUCGCUCUGCCUGAUCGCCAGACUGUGCACGAGCUGCUCAGUAAUCUCAACAGCAGUUCUAGACUUGCUCUUUGUCGUCGUCACAUGUCCUUUGGUGUCUUUGAGGCUUUGCCAUACAACACGGCCUUGGCUCUUCAGACAUAUACCCCGCCUGAGGAUGGCUCAGAUGGGGCAAUGGCUCCUUGGACCGACGUGCUCAACCCAGCCAUCCGCUACGAUUUUGACGUCUUUGCCGAGGUGUUUCCGAGUGGUCCUCUUGUUGGCGGAAAGCGAAUCGACUCCAUGGUAUUCAAGAUCACAUACCGCGACGAUGCUCUCUCGGAAAUUUCGGCUCGGAUUAUCGUUAAACAGUUUGCGGCCAUGACUGCGGCACUGCUGACCUGCAAGGCCGAUGACCUAGUGCACUCCCUGCCCGCACGCCUACCCAGGAGUUUACUGUCUGCAGAAGGCUCCCUCCCUGUGCCCAUAGAAGAUUCCGCGGAGGAGGAAUGCCAGAAAAAAGGACGUGCCGAUGUCCUCCACGCUCAACUCGAGAAACAAGCAGAGGCCACACCAGAUCUCCUGGCCUUGAGCUUCUAUGCUGCUCUAGACGCGAAUCCUAUCGAGUUGACCUAUGCCGAGCUCGACGCCCGAGCCAACGGCCUGGCCAACAUUCUGCGAGAAGAAGACGUGGGUGUUAUCCCUAUCUGCAUGCACCGUAGUGUGGAGCUUUAUGUGUCCAUCUUGGCCAUUCUCAAAGCUGGCUCUGCCUGGUCACCCAUCGAUGAAACCUCUCCCAUCCAACGGCGAACUUCCCUAAUCGCCAGAACGCAGGGCAAGCUUCUGUUGACUAACACCGACUCUUAUCCUCUGGUGGAACCCUGUCUAGCUCACGAAAGUCUAGCUGGUGUGCGCGUUAUCCUCGUCGACCACUACGCUGACAAGAAGACGUCCGUGAGGGCCAAGCCGCGCCAAAGCAUUCUCGCCUCACGCCCUGCCAUCAGUGGCCAAGACCUUGCCUACCUUCUCUGGACCUCAGGCACGACGGGCGAGCCAAAGGGUGUCAUGAUCCAGCACUAUGCCGCUUCAAACGCCAUGCGCGACCUCCAAACCCGGGUGGAGCAUGACGACAGGACUGGGCAAGUGCGCACGUUGCAGCUGUCGGCCUACAGCUUCGACGUCUUCGUCCAAGACCUGUUUUACACAUGGGGCCUAGCCGGCAGCGUAAUCAGCGGCACACGCGAGCUUAUUCUAGGCACUUUUGCCGACUUUGUCAACAAGUCCCGUCCGACGCACGCUCAUCUCACCCCCUCCUUCGGCGCCAGCAUCAAUGUGGAGGAGAUCAGGGGUUCUACUCUUCAAUUCGUCACCUUUAUCGGUGAGAAGCUGACCGAGGACGUCGCCGAGGCAUGGGCCGCCCCGGGAGUCACCACCAAAGCGUACAAUACGUACGGCCCGGCUGAGAACGCCGUUGUCUCCACCAUGAGGCAGUUCUUCGGCAAAAGCCGUGAUGAGGCCAAAGCCGCCAAUGUGGGCUUUCCUCUAACCUCUUGCACAGCAUACGUCGUGCGUGAGGUCGCGGACCCGACCGAUGUGACGAAGAAGCGGUGGGAGCUUGUACCGCGCUACGGCGUCGGCGAGCUGGCGCUCGGCGGCGCGCAAGUUGCGAAGGGGUACCUGAACAACGAGGCCAAGACGACCAAGGCUUUCAUCCAGGGCGGGCCGGGCAUCGACGAGCGGAUCUAUCUCACUGGGGAUAUGGUGCGUCUGAACGACCAUGGCUUUGAGUUCCUGGGCCGCAAUGACGACUUGGUCAAGAUUACUGGCAUACGUAUCGAGCUGAGUGAGAUCAGUGCGGCCUGUGCUAGCAUCAAAAGCGAGGAGCCGGCUGUCGAGCAUGUUGAGACACUGUACUUGCCACGCCCGGGGGUCAGUGGCGGCGACGCUGACCACAAAGUUGUUGUCACUUUUGUUUCUGUCAAAAAGCAGGCAGUUGAUACAGCAAAGAUUCGAAUGCAGGUCCUCCAGAAAGCGAGGGAGAUGCUCCCGGCGUACAUGGUUCCUGGCCAUGUUGUUGUGCUAGACACCACUAUGCCGCGUACAGCUUCCAACAAGGUCGAUCGCAAGGUCUUGCAAGCCAUCUACAAUCUCGCAGACCUCAAUGUUCUGGCUGGCCGCGACGCUGCUGCUGGAGACGGCUCGGAUAUCAAGACUAUGUGGCCUAAAGAGCAGCUAUCGGUGCUCAAGACCAUCGCAGAGAACAACAGAAUGCAACUUGACAGCCUCAAUCCGAAUGACAGCUUAGCUGGGCUCGGCUUCAGCUCACUGCAGGUCACAAAGUUAGCCUGGGCAUUGCGACGUGAGAUGAAGUGCACCGUCGGUGUACUCGAGCUGAUGCGAUGCCAGACUCUUGGUGAGCUGGUCGAGGUGGUUCUGAAUUCUAUGAAGAAGGCGAAGAGUCUAAGAGAGCCGACGACUGAACAGACCCCGGAAACCUCAUGGGUGACUACUGUCAGAGAGACGCUGACAAAGAGUCUUCAUGGAGACGCGAGGCCAAAGAACACUUCCUACAUCCUUCCUGCUACACCAGUUCAGGAGUCGCUGCUCGUUGAGACGAUGAUUGGGGCAGAGGCAUACUGGUCCCACCGCCUUUUUGAUCUCGGCCACCUUGGUCAGAUUGAUGUCUCUCGUCUGAAAGAUUCAUGGACUGCUGCGGCCGCCCAACUUGAUAUCCUUCGGACGGUGUUUGUCCCGCUCUCGCAGUUGUCUGUACGUGAUGGACAGAAUAUGAGCAUUGGCCAGUGGGCUCGCCGUCACGGUGUGCAUGCCGUUGUGCUCCAGCUCGUUCUGGACCAGCCCAACAUUUACUGGACCACUGUUCAGCACGCGGAUGCUGAAAGCCUCGCUUCUCUCGCUCAAAAGGCACAAGUGAAACUCUCUCCCUUGGGAGGCGAUACGCCUAGACCUCCGUGGGCUGUUACAUUCUGCGAGAUUGAGAGCAAGGUGAUGCUGAGCAUGCACCAUUCCCUCCACGACGCCGAGUCAUCGCGCAUGAUUCUCAAAAUCGUUGCCAGCUUAUACCGCAAUCCAAUCCAGGCUAUAAGUAGCUCUCUCUCGAUGAGCAGGGGUAUGGAGUUAGGGUUAUUGCCUCCUAUCGCUCAGCGAGACAAGGCCUUCUCUGCGUGGUCUAGGCGUCUGCACAACCUAGUCGAAUCUGAUGGGGCCUUGAACGCGCCGUUCCCUGACCUGACGGGGUCCCGGCAAAAGCAGGAACGGACCAUUCGCUCUAUCAAGGCAACAAUCCCAAGAGAGCUGCUCAAGAAUGCAGCUGAUGCUCCUGAUCUACCCCGACUUGUGCAGUCUGCCUUUGGUUGUGUUCUGGCGGCAGUGCUUGAGCUGAAGACUGUCGUUCUCGGCCAAACUGUGACACAGAGAAUUUUGCACCCAGACCUUGCCCGGGUUGUCGGCCCGGCAAUGGCUACUCUGCCGGUCGUCAUUCGUGCACAUGCCACGAGCGCUCAAGAGCUCUGGGCUGAGAUGAGCCGCGAUGCUCUGUCUUUGGGCCAGAGUGCUCAUAGUCUACACCCGGUGGACAUCAAGAAGAUGAUCAAUGAGGGCAGUGGCGAUAGUAAUACUCCAUUCCCAGCGCUCUUUGUUUACCAUCCCGCUGGUGACGAUGAUCACGUUGAUGCCGGAGUGGAAAUGUUCCGUGAAGUUGGGCAGGCGCUACCACUAAACGUUGAACAUCCAAUGGCCUUGAACAUUUUUGAAGGUGAAAACAUUAUCGAGCUGACAGGCAACUCUCAGCGUAUCUCGCAGCCUAUGCUAGAGCUCAUGCUGGAUCAGAUUCUCGCCCAGGCUUGCGCCAUGUUGGAGCAUCCUGAGGUGCCGCUUCUUCGACUGAGCAAUUACAUGGAUCGCCAGCUUGUGUCUACGGUUGGUGAGCAUGCUGACCUCGUGGGCACGGCAAUUGUGAGAAAUCCAGCGGAUCUGGUGUCCAAACAAGCGGCUGAGCACCCUGACUGGAUUGCAGUCGAGGAGAUCUUUUUGGACAAUGGGGAAGAUGGCGAAGACAAAAUUACCACCAGCACCAUUACGUAUCGCGAAUUUCAGGUGCUUGUCAACGCUAUUGCCUCCAAGCUGAUCAGUCACGAAGCGAGGCUUAAGCCUGACGAUGUUGUCGCGUUGUAUCUUGACCGAGAUACCAAAUCCAUGGCAGCUAUAUUGGCCAUUUUCAAGCCUGGAUACAUCUAUCUGCCUAUCGACGGGGAUCUCCCUGCAGCUCGCAAGCAGCUCCUUAUCCGUGAUGCCAAUGCCAAGCUCGUCAUUUCGACAGAAAGCCUAGUCGGCGAUCUGGAUCUCGAUAUAAGCAGCACUCCGGCAGUCCUCCUACCUGAAGGCGGCGAUGAGCUCAAUAUAAUUCUUUCCUGGCCUUGUACCAUCACCAAUGAUUCUGUCAAAACCGGGGAUGGGGGUUACCUCCUCUACACAUCAGGCUCGACUGGCCAGCCCAAGGGAGUACGGGUGACCAACGAGAACCUCCUGCACUUCAUUUCCGCCAUGACGCAGCGUCUCAUCGAGGCCAACGCAGACACAGCCAAGCUAGGCGGCGUGGGUAAAUACCUGAACGUCGCAUCCCGCGCAUUCGAUACCCACCUCACCUCCAUGCUUGCGCCCUGGCACCUCGGCUUCCGCUCUGCCAUCGGCAAGGACCGCAACGGCAUCUUUGCAAGCUUGCAGCAGGUCAUCAACGAAGUCCAGAUCACGCACAUGGGCUCCGUUCCCUCCGUGCUAUUCCAGCUGGGCCUCCGCCUCAAGGACGUCCCCUCGAUGCGAGUGCUGACUUUUGGCGGCGAGAAGGCGUCCCAUGAGCUGUUUGAACAAUUGAACACUGGUAGCCCCAAGGCAGCGCUGAUGAAUUUCUAUGGGCCGACUGAGGCUACCGUGGGGUGCUUGAGUCACAUAGUCGGGCACCACUCCAACGCUCGUAACUUGGGACUGCCGCUGCCCGGCUUGGAAGCUCUUCUCCUAGUUCAGGGAGAGGGUGAUGAGCAAGUUCUUGCCCGCAAGGGUCAGCCCGGAGAGUUCUGCAUUGCUGGCCCACAGGUAGCUGUGGGUUAUCUCAAUAGACCUGAGGAGAACGCAAAGGGCUUCCAGUAUACUACAUUGCUGGGGGUUGGUAAGAAACGCAUCUACAGGACCGGAGAUAUCAUGAGGAUGAUGCACGAUGGUACAGUUGAGUUCCUCGGCAGAAGAGAUCAACAGACCAAGAUCCGCGGUCAGCGUUUCGAACUCGGCGAGGUUGAGGCAUUCAUCAAGAAGACUGUUGCAGAGCAAGGAGCUCUCGACGUGGCUGCGGCUGUUGUUGAACAACGACUCUUCGGAUUCUUGGCGCGCAAAACACACACAAUGUUAAAGGCCGAAUUUGAGGCCGAGCCUGAAGUGCUGUCUCAACAGAGCCAAGCUUUGCAGGCUGUAGCCAUAUCCGUGGAGAAGGAAUGUCAGCAAAGGCUCCCAGCUUUCAUGGUUCCCGAAAUGGUGUGGGUUUCUAAGAUCCCCUAUCUUGCAGCAUCCGGUAAGGUCGACACCAAGCUCCUCAUCAAACUGGCCAGGGACUUUACAGCCCUCCAGGAAAGUCCCCUGGCUCCUAGUAGCCAAGCUACCUCAAGGACUACUCCAUUGAGCGGAGCAGAGGCAGAGGUCAUUGCGGCGCUUGAAGAGGUCAUGGGCAACAAGGUUGUCGCUACUCCAGCCAGCGCCAUUCACAGUCUAGGCAUCGACAGCCUCUCGGGAAUGCAUCUAGUAGCGGUCCUCAAACGGCGGGGCUUCGCAAAAAUUACACUUGCGGACUUGCUCUCUCCUUUUUGCUCCAUAGGAUCCCUCGCCCGAGCAGCCGGAUCUGAUGUGACUUUCGACAAGCUAUUAACUCCCCCUGGAACCCCGCCGGAGGAACCGAGCUUAGAUGACCUCGGACCCAGUGCCAACCACCUCAAAGGUGCCAAUGUCGCUGCUGUUCUCCGUUGUUUGCCCCUUCAAGCACCAUUGGUUGCUUUGUCUCUCAAUUGGCUUGGGUCAGAGGGAGAGACCUUGGAGGUUCCCUACGUGACGCAUUUCAAUUUCGAACUUGCGCCCGGAACGAACAUGGUUCAAUGGAAGGAGGCCGCUGCACGAGUAGUCUCCUCGGAAGCAAUGUUGCGGACUUGCUUUAUUCAACGCGAGCAGGAUGGCCAGAUAUUCCAGGUUGUGCUGGAGUCGCCUCCCUCGCCAUUUGAUAGGGGAGAGGACUCCGCUGCCGCAAUUGUUGCCCAUAUGAGCUCCCGACCUCCCGUACGGCUUCAAAUCCACAAAGACCGACCAUCUGGCAAGAUUAUCGCCUCAAUAAAGCUGCACCACGCUCUGUAUGAUGGGGUGGCUAUGGCUACGCUAAGGAAUAAGAUGGAACAAGCUUACGCGGAUGGUCAUCCAACCGCUGCGUCUGGAGCCCGGAGUCUCUUCACUCUGCAAAGUCUUGCGAACCAUUGUGAUCUUGCCGACCAAGAGAUCCAAGUCCUCAGAAGCGCAUGGCAAGCCAGACUGCACGGUAUGCAGCCGUGCCGCAUCGGGAAAGAUGCCGACCAAGACGGGAAUUAUGCCAUGGCUCGUGCAACUCGUUGUCUUGCCUACACAUCUGCAGAACUCCAGACUAGGCUGAAGCUGAAGGGAGGGAAUAUUUCCGCUUCUACGGCCUUCCAGCUUGCUACCACUCUCUGUCUGGCAUAUUUGACCAAGAAGCCAUCCAUCGUCUACGGAUUUACCAAGUCCCUCAGACCUCUUCUGAGUCACGUUGCUGAAGGCGUCGAUGGGUUUGUCGGGCCCUGCCUCAACACAGUUGUUCACGCAGUUGCUCUUGGAAGCGGAAGCGAAACGCUGCCUCGCUUGGCUGAGCGGGUUCACCAGAGCCACGCAGAUGCUUGCCAGGGCAAAAUGCCCCUCGUAACUGCCGACAUGAUCCAGCGCUGGGCUGGCCUCAAGGAGAAGUUGUUUGACAGCCUUCUCACUAUCAAUGUUGUCCCUACAGAUGGCGAGUCGGUCAACCGAGAGAUCACGCCGGGUGCCAUGAUUCCUCUGCCGGGCAAGUCCAGGAUUGACAUGGCUUUGACUAUCGAUAUCGAUCUACACUCUGACGGUAAGAUUGACUUGAUGCUCUCGUCCGCUGGUUUUCUCAACGCGGCACAGCUUCAGGACCUUGGUAUCUUGUUUGAGAAGGUCGUUGCGGAGGCUGCGAACAAGUCUGCUACGGUUGAGCAGUUUGUAUCUGUCAACUAUGACACAAACUACGGCCCCACGCCCGAUGACGCGUACAUAUCAGCGGAACCCAAACCCACUGGCAAGGACUUCGAAGCUGCUCUGGCUUGCGUGAAGUCCACUGCCUGCCGCCUCCUACACUUAGACGAGCGUGAGCUCAACGCCAAGAGUCCCGAGUCAACGUCCCUUUACCAGCUUGGUCUUGAUUCCAUUAACGUUCUUCCCUUCAUAAAGCUCAUCAACAAGUCUCAGGGGGUUAAGAUCACUCCCAACGCUGUGAUACGGGCUCGUACCUUACAAGGUGUGGCUUCCCUUGUUGACAAGGCAAGGAGCAGGAGCGACGUCCCCGGCACCAUUAAGGCUGAAAGCAAUGCUCAGGUCGGCAACUCCAACAGUCACUUGCUGCCUUAUGAACAGACCUUGCAGCAGGUAGCUGGCGAUCUCCUUUUCAUAGCCACGCCCCUCCAGGAGGGCAUGCUGAGCGCAUCAAUGGCCUUCGCCGACCAGGCCUACAUGUACACUCACGCAAUGCAGUUAUCUCAGGCUGCUAUGAAACAGGAUACUCCUACUUUCGAAUUGUUUUUCAUCGCCGUCAACGACACCGUGCAAGCCUGCGAGAUCCUUCGGACCCGCUUCAUUUUCACCAAUCGUGAUGAUGCCCCAUGGGUCGGUGUCAUUUCGCCCACGGAACAGAGCGACCUUGUCAACUGGUCCGUCUCCAAGAGAGGUGCUGUGCAGCUCAAGAUCCACCACGCUCUGUACGAUGCACAGUCCAUCCGAGCAAUCUGGCAGCUUCUUCACGAAAACUACGCCAAGCGCCUCGCAGGUCAUGGCGAGGGCCGAGAUGAGCAGCCACCCGCACGGUAUCUUUUCCGGCCACUUGCUAAGGCAUUUGCAAUGGUGCAGAAAAGUGCCGUCACUUUCUGGACGAAGACCGUGCAAGACUACACGUAUACGCCCGUCGUGCUCUCUGAAGAAUCCCUGCAUGCUUCGUCUUCAUUUUACUUUUGCUUGGACGCCGCAGAUAUGUCCAGCUUGCAGACUAAGUGCAGAACGGCCAAUGUAACACCUAAAGCGGCCAUGCAACUUGCGUGGGCUAAAGUCCUCUGCGAGUCUCUGUACAAGCAAGCAGAUAUAGUCUUCGGUGAGGUCAUCACCGCGAGCAGUGAUGACGAUGACAAUCUUGUGAUGGGCCCGACGAUCAACACCGUCCCCGUCCGCGUCAAAUUGGCUCGCCAGCAGAGCACCAUGGCCAUUGAAAAGGCCCUAUCUGACCUGCAGGCACUGAGCGAUAACGCAAGAGGCUCUAAUGGGAUGGCAUCCUUGCGAGCUGUGCAGACAGCCUGGCGGUCGACGAGAGCUGGCGCUGCCAACACGUCCGCCGGUCUCUUUCAGAGCUUGUUUGUAUAUGAUGGCAUGAUCGAGUCUGACGGUAACAGGACUUCGCCAGAACUUCUUAUCCCUGCUCAAGCUCAGACACAAGAUGAUUCGAAGACUGGAGGGGGGAGUCCUGCGUACGACGACUAUCCCCUUAUCGUCAGUUUUCGCAUUAAGGAUGGCGCCUUGCACGGUGCACUGAGGGCCAAGGUCAGCAGCGAGGAAGCGUUCUACUUGGGCAAGCAGCUUGAAGCGGCCUUGCGAUACAUCGUACUGGAGGAACUGCACAAUCCGGCUCUCGAGGCUUCUCAUACAUAUCCAACUGCGACUCCCAAACACGAGCCACAUAGACACGGAGAGACCGGUCUCAACGAGGGUGGGAAUAGCGUGGAAGUAGGUGGAUCGACAGAGAAGAGAGAUGCUGUUCUGGCACUUGUCAAGAGGAUUGUAGGAGACAAGAUUCGAGGGAAGAAGAUCGAUCACAACACCAAGCUUGUGAACGUUGGCUUGGACUCUAUUUCGGCUAUUCGGUUCUCCAAGAUCUUGAACAAACAACUAGGCAUUCACGUCAGUGUUUUCGAGAUCAUCAGAGGUGCUAGCGUCCGGGACAUCGCGAAGAAGUCCGGACCAGUCGAGAAGAGCACUGCUCAGAAGCCGAAGGGGCAAUUGGCACUACAAGGCAGGCAGCUCAAGAAGUCGGUAGCCGAGAAGCUCGACUUGGCAGAAGCACAAAUCAAGUCCGUCGUACCUGUUCUGCCAGGCCAGCGACACACCCUACAGCAAUGGAUCCAAAGCGGGAAAAGGUUCUUUGAAGCUCCUUGGGUGUACCGAGUCGACGAGGAAUCGAUUGAUGUAGACAAGGUAAAAACCUUUUGGGAAGCACUUUGCAACGCACAUGAGGUGCUACGAACAACCUUUGUAUACACGGAGGGGCCUUCGGACUUAAUCCAGGUCACGCUCGAUGAGAGGGUUUCUGCAGCUACCCGCUUCUUGGGGGUCCACGACAACAAAAUCUCCAUUCAGGACUUGAUUAGCCAGCACGUCCGCGAGGGCAACUCAACACCUUCCGAUCUCAAGGAACCUCCAGCUCGUCUCUCCUUCAUCCACGCUUCUAACGGGAAGGCAGUCGUCCUUCGCGUGCACCAUGCGCUAUAUGAUGCGUGGAGCAUCAAGAUGAUUCAGAAAGACCUUGUUGCAUUGUUCAAUUCUGAAAUGCUGCCUGUCUAUCCCUCUGUCGAGUCUGCCAUGCAGAACAUCAAUUCAUUCAGACAGCCUGGCGCCGAACAAACAUACUGGAAGCAGCAUUUGGCCUCAGCACAAGAUACAAUCAUCCAGUCCGAAGUCGCGGUAUCUGAUGCCAGAAAGGCUCCCAUGGGACCACACUUCAAGGCAACCUACGCAGACCUCUUGCCACAAAGCAUUGCCGAUAUACUCAACGGCGCCAUCAGCAACAAGGCUCGCACCUCUGCCGCGCUCAUUGCGGCCUAUGGUCGGACGCUCGGAAAGCUCACAGGUCGUUCCCAGCCCACCUUCGGAGUGAAUUAUUCUUCACGCUCGUUAUCUUCCGCCGAUGGUGAACACACCCUUGAUCUCACGGGCGUGAGCAUCCCGACCAUGACCGUGGUACCACUCAGUCUCAACCUACCGGCCCUGCCGGGGCAACAACUGCUCGACGCGGUCCAAGACCACCUGGCCCAGCUCGCUCGCUUCGCCCAGGCAGACGGCCUGCACAGAUUGUCGCCCAGAUACAACUCCUACAUCAACAUUCUUUACUCGGAGGAGAGCGUCGAUCUGCAAUCGAGACACACCGAACAGGCCGAUAUCCUACAACGACACAAAAUGGGAGAACCGCUUGCUUCCGAUUACUUCACCAAAACUACGCCGUCAUUCAUUGAAUCGACCAUCGAUGGCCUGGACACAUCUUCUAUGCAUGAUCAGCAGCUCUAUUUCAACAUCUUGGUCCGCCAGAACGGGAACGUCACCAUUAAUGUGAGCGGUGACAAGGACCUUUUGCGUGGUGAUCAGAGUCUGGUCACUAGGCUCGUGGAAGAGUUCGGGGCGGAGCUGGUCGAGUUGAUUAAACAUCAGUAUGUUGUAUUCUAA